GCCGCCGGUGCUGCCGCCGCUUCCCCGCAUGGAGCCCCCUCGCGCGGUCCUAGCGCCCGCCGCCCGGCGCCGCCGCCGAGAGCCUCCCGCUCUGCCCCUGCCCGAGCCCGGCGGAGGCGGCGCCGCCCCGAAGGCUGCUCAUCCCUGCGGCACUCGGGGGCUGCCGGCGGGGGCCGGGGGGUGGCUGGAGCCCGGUAGCCAGGAGGCGAUGCUGCGGGUGCUGGACGCGGGGCUGGAGCGGUGCCUGGCGCUGCACUCCGCCUACAUCCCGGUGCCGCGGCACAGGAAGCUCUCGGGCAAGGCCGGCAUCGACGAGGUGAUGGCAGCCGCGGUGCUCACCAGCCUCUCCACCAGCCCCCUGGUGCUCGGGCACCCUCCGGCCGCCCCUGCACCCGAGCCCGGCGGUGAGGUCUGGAAGGAGGCCCCGGCCAUGUCCUCCAGCUGCAGCAGCAGCAGCAACACCAGCGGGGACUGGAGCUGGGACCCGGCCAGCGACCGCUCCACCCCAUCCACGCCGUCCCCUCCGCUCUCCAGCCACGUCCCCAGCACCUUCCUGCCCGCGCCCCUGCCCGACGAGGGCCCCGACGAGCCCGAUGGCACCCACUUUGUGUUCGGAGAGCCCGUCCCGAGGAAGAGGAAGAACUCCACCAAGGUGAUGUUCAAGUGCUUGUGGAAGAGCUGCGGCAAAGUCCUCAGCAGCUCCUCAGGGAUGCAGAAGCACAUCCGAACCGCGCACCUUGGCCGUAAACCCGACCUGGAGCAGAGCGACGGCGAGGAGGAUUUCUACUACACGGAGCUGGACGUGGACGUGGAGUCUCUGACGGACGGGCUCUCCAGCCUCACCCCGGUCUCCCCCACCUCCUCCGUGCCCCCCUCCUUCCCGGGCCCCGAGGCGCAGGGACCGGUGCCUGCGGUGCCGCUGCCGAGCCCGGACGUGGCGCUGGGCUCCCCCCGCAGCCCCCCGCAGCCCCCCGGCCUGUGCCACGUCCACACUGACCACGCGUACCAGGGCUGCCCCGUGUCCCCGCGGCCACCGGUGCCCCCCGCAGCGCCCGCCCCGCCGCCGCCCAAGCCGCCCGCUGUGCCCAGGAGGCCACGAGGGGAGGCCAAGAAGUGCCGCAAGGUGUACGGCAUGGAGAACCGGGAGCUGUGGUGCACGGCGUGCCGCUGGAAGAAGGCUUGCCAGCGCUUCCUCGACUGAACCGGGGCCACGGGCCUGCAGCAUCCCCUCCUUCUUGCACAUUUUGCACUCGAGGUGCCUUCGCGCCCCCCCCCCCACCCCAAAAACGCCACCCCGGGGUCCCCCCGGACUCAGGGAACGGCCCCCCCCCUCCCUCCCCAAAAGCUUUAUGCACACGGAGCUUGUCCCCCCAUUGUUCCUUUGGAAGAUAAGCUAAACGUGCCCCC